GUGGCAAGCGUAGGCUGCCACAGGGAGUCGCGGAUCUCCCGCCGGCGUGGCAGCGCCGCCUAGGCCUGCAGGCCGCGCCGCUUCUAUUGUGUGAGGUGUCUGAGGAGGCGGAGCGGAAGCGGCGGCCGCCAUUUCUUUGCCUCCACCAUGGCUCUAAGCCGGGGUCUCCUUAGUUGGGGGCCUCAACACUGGGAGCACAGAGUGGCUUCGGGCGUCGGGUCGCUCGCCGAGGGUGGGUUGCAUGCUUGAGGCUGCAGGGUUGAGGCAUCUGCACGGGCGGGGCUCCCAUCGGGGCGCCCCGAUCCUGCAGGGCGCCCUGAAGUGGGAGGGCCAUUGAAAUGACUCUUUCUCCGCUGUGCCCGUAACACACCCACCAUCCCACCCCCGCCGCCCCGCAGUCUGUUUCGACGUCAGGACCCGCGAAGAGACGAUGAUGCUGGGCGCAGAAGGUGGAGAGGGCUUCGUGGUGAAGGUCCGGGGCUUGCCCUGGUCCUGCUCCGCGGAUGAGGUGCAGCGCUUUUUUUCUGACUGCAAAAUUCAAAAUGGGGCCCAAGGUAUUCGUUUCAUCUACACCAGAGAAGGCAGACCGAGUGGCGAGGCUUUUGUUGAACUUGAAUCAGAAGAUGAAGUCAAAUUGGCCUUGAAAAAAGACAGAGAAACUAUGGGACACAGAUAUGUUGAAGUAUUCAAGUCAAACAACGUUGAAAUGGAUUGGGUGUUGAAGCAUACUGGUCCAAAUAGUCCUGACACGGCCAAUGAUGGCUUUGUACGGCUUAGAGGACUCCCUUUUGGAUGUAGCAAGGAAGAAAUUGUUCAGUUUUUCUCAGGGUUGGAAAUCGUGCCAAAUGGGAUAACAUUGCCGGUGGACUUCCAGGGGAGGAGUACGGGGGAGGCCUUCGUGCAGUUUGCUUCACAGGAAAUAGCUGAAAAGGCUCUAAAGAAACACAAGGAAAGAAUAGGGCACAGGUAUAUUGAAAUAUUUAAGAGCAGUCGAGCUGAAGUUAGAACUCAUUAUGAUCCACCACGAAAACUUAUGGCCAUGCAGCGGCCAGGUCCCUAUGACAGACCUGGGGCUGGCAGAGGGUAUAACAGCAUUGGCAGAGGAGCUGGUUUUGAAAGGAUGAGGCGUGGUGCUUAUGGUGGAGGCUAUGGAGGCUAUGAUGAUUAUAAUGGCUAUAAUGAUGGCUAUGGAUUUGGUUCGGAUAGAUUUGGAAGAGACCUCAAUUAUUGUUUUUCAGGAAUGUCUGACCACAGAUACGGGGAUGGUGGCUCUACUUUCCAAAGUACAACAGGACACUGUGUUCACAUGCGGGGAUUACCAUACAGAGCUACUGAGAAUGACAUUUAUAAUUUUUUUUCACCACUCAACCCUGUGAGAGUACAUAUUGAGAUUGGACCUGAUGGCAGAGUAACUGGUGAAGCAGAUGUUGAGUUUGCAACCCAUGAAGAUGCUGUUGCAGCUAUGUCAAAAGAUAAAGCAAAUAUGCAACACAGAUAUGUUGAACUCUUCUUGAAUUCUACAGCAGGAGCAAGCGGUGGUGCUUACGAACACAGAUAUGUAGAACUCUUCUUGAAUUCUACAGCAGGAGCAAGCGGUGGUGCUUAUGGUAGCCAAAUGAUGGGAGGCAUGGGCUUGUCAAACCAGUCCAGUUACGGUGGCCCAGCCAGCCAGCAGCUGAGUGGUGGUUAUGGAGGUGGCUAUGGUGGCCAGAGCAGCAUGAGUGGAUAUGACCAAGUUUUACAGGAAAACUCCAGUGAUUUUCAAUCAAACAUUGCAUAGGUAGCCAAGGAGCAGUGAACAGCAGCUACUACAGUAGCGGAAGCCGUGCAUCUUUGGGCGUGAAUGGAAUGGGAGGGAUGUCUAGCAUGUCCAGUAUGAGUGGUGGAUGGGGAAUGUAAUAGAUUUUAAUCACUGACUUUUGGUCUUUUUUUUUUUUUUUAAGGAAAACAAACCCUUCAGUUUAACAGUUGCAAUCCAUCCUUGUGAUUUAUGCCUACUUUUUAAGUAAACAUUGGCAUCUCUCAAAGGACUAAGGUCCAAUGUUAAACAUAGUCACCUAGGAUGAUACAGUGAAGUUGAGUGAACUGUAACUGUUAAACAAUUCCCAGCUUUUCUCUAGUUACUGUAGGAUGUAUGUAAGUAGUAAGCGUAUUUAGGUUAAAGCAGUUGAAUUAUGUUAAAUGUUGCUCUUAUACAUACAUUACAUUGAACACUGUUGAUGCAUGUUGAAAAGACAUGCUUUUUUGUAAAACUCAAUAUAGGAGCAGCGUCUACAAUUAAAAGUGAAACAUUUGGCAUGUUUGUUCUAAUUUCAUUUGAUAACCUGUAAGGCACGUGAGUUGUGGUUCUUUUUUUUUUUAAGUUAAUGGAGAAAUCUUGAGACGCAAUACCAUUACUUUAGGAUUUUUUGGUCUUGGUGUUUGUAUGAAAUUCUGAGGCCUUGAUUUAAGUCUUUCAUUGUAUUGUGAUUUCCUUUUAGGUGUAUUGCGCUAAGUGAACCUUGUCAAAUAAAUCUUUUUAAAAGCCA